AGAAUCACAGCUUCAGAAGACGCUAAAGCGACUAUCUUCCUGCCCUUCUGUUUUGAGAACUAUCCAAGACUGUCCUUGACUCUCCUUCCUCACCCACUCGAGUGCUAUAGUCACAGGAAUGUGCGACAGAGCUAGCACAACACCUACACUUCUUAUUGGGCUUUGAAAUUCUAGCCACAUACGCCCACAGCCUGUGAAUGGGCGGAGACUCAUCCUCGGGAAAACUCGGCAGAGGGAGGAGUCCUCUCUCGAAGAGCUUCCGGAAUCUUUCGGGCAGAGGCGGAGUCUUCUGCCGAGGGCCAUUCGGAAAGAGGCGGAGCCUAUCUCUCAUCAGGACCAGUCUGACUGCACCUGCAUCCUUAGCUCAGUGCAUCCCUGGAGCAUCUAAGAGGAAAGCGCAGCUAGCAACCAGGGAUCGUCCUGUCGCAGGGGCAGUCCGCCAUGCACCUUCCCCUCCCCUGAUCUGGAGGUCUACAGCCGCGGCCUCGGUACUGACCGAGAUUCCCAAAGUUGUCUGACCUCUGCAAAAGUGUUUCUCUAUCAACAGCCUCUGAUUACAACAUGGCUGAGAUCACAAAUAUACGCCCCAGCUUUGAUGUGUCACCAGUGGCCGCCGGCCUCAUUGGGGCCUCUGUGCUGGUAGUGUGUGUCUCUGUGACUGUCUUUGUGUGGACAUGCUGCCACCAGCGGGCAGAGAGGAAGCACAAGACCCCGCCAUACAAGUUUAUUCAUAUGCUGAAGGGCAUUAGCAUCUACCCAGAGACCCUCAGCAACAAGAAGAAAAUCAUCAAAGUCCGGAGAGACAAAGAUGGCCCUCAGAGGGAAAGUGGACGAGGGAACCUGUUAAUAAACGCGGAGUCUGGCCUGCUGAGCCACGACAAGGAUCCCAGAGGGCCUAGCCCUGCAUCUUGUAUAGACCAGUUACCCAUCAAAAGAGACUCUGGGGAGGAACUAAGGAGCCCCAUGACAAGCCUGACCCCCGGUGAAAGCAAACCCACCUCCCCAUCGUCGCCAGAGGAAGACGUGAUGCUGGGAUCCCUUACCUUCUCAGUGGACUACAACUUUCCCAAGAAAGCUCUGGUGGUGACAAUCCAAGAAGCCCACGGGCUGCCAGUGAUGGACGACCAGACUCAGGGCUCCGAUCCCUACAUCAAAAUGACCAUUCUUCCUGACAAGCGGCAUCGAGUGAAGACACGGGUGCUGCGCAAGACCCUGGACCCCGUGUUCGAUGAGACCUUCACCUUCUAUGGCAUUCCAUACAGCCAGCUGCAGGACCUGGUGCUGCAUUUCCUCGUGCUCAGUUUUGAUCGCUUCUCUCGGGAUGAUGUCAUCGGGGAGGUCAUGGUGCCAUUGGCUGGAGUGGACCCCAGCACAGGCAAGGUUCAGCUGACCAGGGACAUCAUCAAGAGGAACAUCCAGAAGUGCAUUAGCAGAGGGGAGCUCCAGGUAUCUCUGUCAUACCAGCCCGUCGCACAGAGGAUGACAGUGGUGGUUCUCAAAGCCAGACACUUGCCGAAGAUGGAUAUCACCGGUCUCUCAGGUAAUCCUUAUGUCAAGGUGAACGUCUACUACGGCAGAAAACGCAUUGCUAAGAAGAAAACCCACGUAAAGAAGUGCACUUUGAACCCCGUCUUCAACGAGUCCUUCAUCUAUGACAUCCCUACUGACCUCCUGCCUGAUAUCAGCAUCGAGUUUCUUGUCAUUGACUUCGAUCGCACUACUAAGAAUGAGGUGGUAGGGAGGCUGAUCUUGGGGGCACACAGUGUCACAACCAGUGGUGCAGAACACUGGAGAGAGGUCUGCGAGAGUCCCCGCAAGCCCAUAGCCAAGUGGCACAGUCUGAGCGAGUACUAACCCUGGGGCCAGGCGGGGAGGCGCAUGGCGGGGAGAGGUGACAGAGAAGCUGACUCAAAACCUCAUUUUAGUCGUAGAAGAAGAUUUCUUACAGAACAAACCACACGAAGAACCUCACACCCCACACAGCUGCAGAUUGGUUCUUAGCGUGAGGAUUGCUUUCUUCUUUGCAAGGCACUAGACGAUCUUUUGUUUUUUAAAAUGAGGGGGGAAGAGAAGGAAAGACCCCAAGUCUAUAUAUAACAAUGUAACCUUAUACUUGCAUGUCUAAUACAAACAAGAAAUUAGCCUAACCAAUAUCAAGUUGCAGAUUUUAAUCCAUGAAAAUUGUGUUUUGUGCCGAGUUGUAUUUGCUGAUCCCCUGGAAUCGGCCUCUGUCUCAGGCUUCUCUGCGUUACCCAGCUCCCCACCACUGCAGGAGAAAGUCUGCUCUUGUAAAGCCCCACGUCCCUCACCCGGUCCUUUUGUCUGUCACCUCUUACAUCUCUGCUCUUUGGCUGAGUUACAAAUCCUGAGGUCUGUAGUAAGCAAAGAAGUGAGUGGGGUUCCCAGGAGAAAGAGUGAUUGACAAUGGGUGUGCUGAUAGACAAUGGGUGUGUGCUGAUACCAUCUUCUGUAAAAGGGUAACAGGCAGCCAGUGACCAGAGACAGCCCUCCCUGGUGAGCACAGGAGCCAGCCAUGGGGCGGGGCUCAGGACUCCCUGAUUUCUCUAGGUGCUGUGGAGAGGUCACCUAGAGGGAGGGAGGGACCUGUGAGCGCCAGCACAUCCCGAAUGCUACUUGCAGGUCAGGGCCAUGGGGAGGAAACAAGGUGCCCACGUGGCCCUCCGUGGCGGGCUCUUCACCGGUGGUCAGCAGCCCUAGGUUUGAAAGGUUACACUGGCUUUUACUUUUCCAGAGAUGCCGCUGGAGCUCUGGCAUCUCCUCAUUAUGCAGCUGCCUCAGAAGUUGCUUUCUGUUUCUUAAGGAAAUGGGCCUCAGAAAUGACUCUUUCUCCCUGAGGUUUACAGUAAUGGCUCUUAAGAAAGCCAAGUGGGGCUGAGUAGUAAGAUCAUAUGAAUGCCUUCAGAGCCCCACUCUCCGCAGCAGAAGCACACGGCUGGAGACCUGGGAGUCUCCCCACACGGUGAAGGGUGGGAACCAAAGUCCCACCAUCUCUCCGCCACUGCACAGUACAGUGCAGAGCUUGAGCACUGUACUGGAGUUCAGAUCCGGGUCUCCACAUGGAGACUUCCAGAGGAACAGGAGACUUCAGAAACAAAAGGUGAGCUUGGAUGGGCAGUGCCUAUUUUGACCUCCUGACGAAGACCUCAGUCAGAUAGGAAAUAGCUUGAUCCAGGGCCUGAAAGAUCAGCUGUAAGUGCAGCACCCACCUCCCUAAAGACCAUCACUUUCUAGCUUGCUUCUGAGAGGGGUGGACAAGCUGACUUUCCAUGGAGAGGGUUGGUGACAAUGCCUUUGGUGGUUCCCCUUGUGCUUGUGUAGAUCUGAAUCCACUCCG